AUGAAGGUUAUUAUCAUUGGCGCAUCCGGAGAGACCGGCCGGUCCAUCGUGAAGGGCUUGCUUGAGUCCACCACGCAAUUCGACAUCACUGCUGUGACCCGAGAGGCAUCUCUCAACAGCAAGAAGAAUGAUGAGCUGAGGAAGCAGGGCGUCUGGGUCGUGGCUGCAGACCUGAGAGGGCCAGAGGAUGACCUGGUUAAUCUCCUCAAGGGCGCCGAUGUUGUCAUCUCGAGCAUCACUGCACCAGCCUUGCUGGACCAGAUCCCCCUGGCAGAUGCGGCGAAGAAAGCCGGCGUUGGCCGCUUCAUCCCAUGCACCUAUGCGACGGCUUGUCCUCCGGUGGGGGUGAUGAAGCUGCGCGAGACGAAAGAGAGAAUCCUCAACCACAUCAAGAAGAUCUACCUUCCGUACACGCUCGUCGACGUGGGCUGGUGGUAUGAGAUCAGUCCGCCCCGGGUCCCUUCCGGGCGUGCUGACUACGGCCUCAUGGCUCCAAUGGCAUAUCUGAUAGGAGACGGCUCGGUGCCCUCUGCUCUCACUUACCUUCAAGACAUUGGCCGAUACGUGGCGAAGAUCAUCGCCGAUCCCCGCACCCUGAACAGGAUGGUCUUCGUCUACAACGAGCUCUGGACGCAAAAGCAGAUUGUCACCAAGGUCGAGGAGCUGAGCGGAGAGAAGAUAGAGCUGAACUAUCUGUCCGGGGAGGAGCUGCAGUCCCAAAUUGCUAAGCUCUUGGGGCCGGACCAAGCUGAGCCAACAGACGUUGGCCUAGUAAUGAAGCUUUGGAGUCUCGAAUAUGAGUACUCUUGGGGCAUUCGUGGAGAUAACACGCCCGAGAGCGCCAAGUACCUGGGGUACCUUUUGGGCAAGGAGCUCUACCCGGACUUGGAAUUCACCUCGUUCGAGAGCUACUUGAAAGACUUGCUGGAGGGAAAGGCUACGAAAGUCUAUGUGUAA